AUGCUUUACAAUGUCGUCUUCACUGCAGCAGUGACCCUUCUGGGAACCACGGCUUCGGCCGCACCAAUUGGAGCAAGUCUCCUGGACCUCAGCGCCCAGUCAUUCUCCAAGUCUUUGAACUCGCGUGGAGAGAGCGAUGGACCAGUGGUGGUAGACGCUCUUGACCCGGAGGCCAAAGCGAACUAUGAGUUCUUCAAAUCCUAUUUUGAUUCGGAAGUGAACAAGCGCGACGCUGAUGCGGAAGCUUAUGCCGAUGCUCUGCGCCUUAUCAACCUGCCUGCCAGUCUAGGUGUCUCCACUGAUGAGGAUGGCAAUCUGAUCACCCGUGAGGCCGAGGCUGACCCUUUCUGGGACACAAUCAAGAACCUCUUCAGCAACUGGGAUGGCUCGCGAAGCGGAAAGCGUGACGCUGCGCCUGAACCUUUCUGGGAUACGAUUAAGAACUUUUUCAGCAACUGGGACGGAUCUCGCAGCGGCAAGCGUGACGCCAUGCCUGAGCCAGGAUUCUGGGACUCAUUUAAGAACUUGUUCAGCAACUGGGAUGGAUCUCAGAGCGGAUAGGGUUACUCCCGAGAGCCUUGAGUAAACCGCGCCGCUUCGAGAAUGGUCUGACGAAGAUACGACAUCUGUACGCAUUUGGAGACUAUCGGCUGGUACGAUAUCUUACGAAACUUUGAAAUGAAGCAUCUUUACGACACUAGUGAGCUCCCAUUUUGCAUG